UUUUUUUUUUUUUUUUUUUUUUUUUUUUUUUUUUUUUUUUUUUUUUUUUUUUUUUUUUCAGAUCGAUCUUUCAGCUGCCGGUCGGGGGUGCGGGUCACAUCUGGGUUUUAAAGCAUUUACAAAGCAUGUCCUGCUGAUAUAUUUACUUUCUACUCCGUUCGGUUCUUCGAAUUUCUUGGACAACAACUGUUUUACAUAUCCACAAAUAGGAUUUACAUUCUCUCAUGGCGACUCCGCUCUCUGGUACAGCGAUUAUCACUGGAGGAAGUGGCUCGCUUGGAUCUUCAAUAGCCAUUGCGAUCGCCAAAGCACAUCCAUUUGUGCAUCUCUUGCUGCUGGCGCGGGACAUUCGCUCCGACAGCAUCAAAGCAUUGAGGGACAAGAUCCGGUUGGUCGGUCCCCGGUCGAUUGAAGUAGCACGAGUCGAUCUAGCAAGCUUUAACUCCGUCGUCAGUUUUGCGGAGAAUACGGUGGAAAGGAUCCAUACUAAAGAGAUCCCUCCAGUGACACUGUUGGUCAACUGCGCUGCUGUCGCAUCUUACGUUGCCGACCAAGUGACCCGGGAUGGGUUCGAUCCUGUUUACCAGACCAACUGUAUCGCCCCAUUCCUCUUGACAAUCAGUCUGCUUGAGGCGUUCCGAGCUGGUGAUGGGACACCGAACGGUGGAGCGCGGGUGAUCAAUAUCGGUUGCUCUUCCAUGUCGAAAGGCUCUUUGGAUUAUUUCGACAAACAUGAUUUUAGCAAUCAACAACCGGGGACACCGUUGUCCUCGAAGGAAGGAUAUGCGCGCUUCGGAAGCAGUAAAUUAAUAAUGAGCGCGGCCAUGUACGCCCUGCGUCGGAGUCUGGUACUCAAUGGCAAAAUUUCCUUAAACAUAUAUACCCUGGAUCCGGGCGGAAUGACAGGAGGAAGCCUUCUCACGGAGAACGCUCCUCGGUCGGUUCGAAUGAUACACCAGGCACGGUCUGGACUCCGGCCAUUCCUGCGGGUAUUCUCUAAAAGUGCUAUCAACACCCCUAGUGUUCCAGCCAAGGUGAUAACGAAAGUUGCAUUCCAGAGGAAUACGGUGGAGCAAUGGGGAAGAGAACGAUAUUAUAUCUUGGGCGACGUCUACGAGGCCGGAUCCGUCAUCCCGGUGUUGCGAGACCCGCCCCAAAUGGAGGUGCUGCUCAAGAAGCUUAUGAGACAAAUGGAGAUUGGAAUCAAGGGGAUGGGUUCUCCCCAGUCAAGGAUAUCAAGGAUCAAUUGAUGAUGUGCGAGUCAGUAUAUGUGUUUUUCUUUGGGUCGGAUAGCGAUGGUCAGCAUUCUUCGGAGUUUGGUUUUUUUUUAGUUGCGUUGCUUUUGUUCUUUUUGGGAGCGACAGGGUAAGAUCGAUUCGGAUUUCUGUAAAUAGACUAUUGGCAGUAUAGAUAUAAAAGCACCAAUCAUGGGAGGAGUUUGCACAAUCAGAGUGGAAUCUUUUUGAUAUUGAUAAGAUUAUUUGCGUGUCCGCAAACGGGGUGAUGUUGGCGACCGCCGCCGGAUUCGGGGGUCAGACUGGAGGCGAAUCACCGCCCGAGCACUACGACACUAAAACCACCUUAACGCUUGGUUCCAG